GUCUUUCGCUGGACCCUGAUGACAGCAGCUGCUGCCUGCAGAGAUUUAGACUGUGGCUCUGCUGUCGCUGUAGAAGAGAGAAAAGGGUCCUCAGUCAGAUCUGUGUGGAAGAUAUGGUCUGACUGUGUUGAGUCUGGAUCAGCUCGGAGGGAGUGUGCAACAUCCGGUACCUCUUCCUCCAUCCUGGAUCUCACCUGCUCAGACUCUGUCAGGCUGGUGAAUGGGACCAGUCUGUGCUCAGGCAGACUGGAGGUGAAGACUAACCAGUCUACCCAGCGCUGGUCCUCAGUGUGUGAAGAUGACUUUGACCAGCAGGAUGCAGAGGUGGUCUGUAGGGAGCUUGGCUGUGGGCCUCCUUCAGUCCUCCAUGGGGCACUCGAUGGAGAAGUGGACCCUCCAAUGAGGACCAAAGAGUUCCAGUGUGGAGGCCAUGAGUCUGCUCUCCUGGACUAUAGAAGCUCAGGCUCAGAUAGAAACACCUGCUCACCUGGAAAAGCUGUUGGACUCACCUGCUCAGGUAGAAGAGGAGCUGCAGCUUUGAUUUGGUUCAUUUCUGUUCUAAUGAAACUCACUUUGUUCUUUUGCUGAUGACUCUGACUUCUG